CAUCCACAAUCCUUCAUAAUAUAUAUUUUUUUAAAGUAUAGUUUUGUGUUUAUACCGACGGUGAAGGAAACCUCCAUCGCAUACAGUUUGGACAAUUCACGUUUUUACAGCGUUCGUGUUGUCGUUCACGAUAUUCAUUUGGAUAUUCAAGUUGGGAAAGGGAAGAACCUUUUGUAUGUUAAAAACAGUAAACGGGGACUUCUAUACGGUUUCAAAGAUCUAAAAAAAAAAAAAGGAGGGACGAAAACACAAAAGAAUCGACGGGUCAUCGUCAUGUUUGAAACGGGCGGAGCAAACCCGUCAAGUGCUGCCAGUGGUAAUAGCCGAAAAUACUGUAGGGUCAACAGUAAACGUAUUCAUCGUGUUUUCUCCAACGGACUGGUGUCGCAUUUCACGUGUCCUCGUCGCCCGAUGUCGCACCGGUGUCAAUCGGCCAAGUUGCUGGCCAUUUGGACGAGCAUCGUGGCCGUUUUGGUCUUCUCAACGACCCCCGUUUUCGCCGUCGCUAAAGGUUCGAUGGGUCCCGAUCCUGAAUUCGUGGAACCGCUACAAAAUCUGACAGUAACGGCGGGCCGAGAUGUCAAAUUGCAGUGCUCCGUUAAACACCUCGGCUCUUACAAGGUCGCCUGGAUCUAUAUGGAACGGUCGGCUAUUCUGACGGUGCAGAAUCACGUCAUCACGCGCAAUCCUCGCAUUAGCGUCUCGCAUGACCAGCAUCACACAUGGAAUUUGCACAUCGCAUCCAUUCAAGAAUCGGAUCGCGGCGGAUACAUGUGCCAAAUCAACACAGCCGCUGCCAAGACUCGCGUCGGUUACAUCACCGUUGUCGUACCGCCGAGUAUCGACGACGCUCUAAGCAGCUCCAGCGUGACGGCCAGAGAGCAGAGCUCUGUGACGUUGACGUGCAACGCAACAGGCACACCGCCGUUGACGGUCCGCUGGCGGCGAGAAGACGGCAAACUCAUCAACAUCAACCGCACACACGCCGUAACCGAAUGGGAGGGGACACAUCUGGACCUGAACAAAGUCAGCCGUUACGAUAUGGGUGCCUAUUUGUGCAUCGCAAGUAACGGCGUACCGCCGACCGUCAGCAAACGCAUCAGUCUCUCUGUCGAAUUUCCGCCUUCGGUCACGCUUCAUCAGCAGUUGAUUGGCGCCCCGCUAGGGUCGACCGUCUCGCUAGACUGCACCAUUGAAUCCAGUCCGGCUGCUCUGCAUUUUUGGAGUCGCAGUGACGGAACGGAUCUGCACGAAGCGGCUAAAUAUCUCAUGCAAUCUUCUUCGUCCAUUGGACCCAUCGUCACGCCCAGCGGUUCAUCGCAAACGUCUUGGCCAGCGUUUCGUAUUCAAUUGCGAUUGACUAUCGUCAAUGUCACGAGCAGAGAUUACGGGGCCUACCGCUGCGUGGCUAAGAAUCAGUACGGCGAAGCUGACGGAGUCAUCACUUUCCACCAUACACAGUCGGUCACCACGUCAACGGCAUCGAACCGCGCGAAUUUGCCCCCUGUAGCCGCCAUCAGCCCAGCGCAAUUAGAAGACUGGAGUCAAGACUCAAGCAAUCAAACUCAGAUGAGAUUAGCGGAUCCAUUUAGUAAAGGCCGUUCGCAUGAAAACAAACUUCCCGACACGGUCGAUCAAAAGGAAACCAACAGCAAACCUGCCAAAUCUCGUUCAGAUGGCAAAUGGACUUUUAACUGGGACCACACCACAUCAGGUUCAUCUAGUUGUGCGACGUGCUCGAGUUCUACGUGGAUGUCCGUUUUGACAACGAUCAGUCUGAUCGGAUGGACAAUAAACAUUGUAAACGUGAAAUUUACGUCUACUUUUACCUUCAACACAGAGACAAUGAGGCCGAGAUCAACUUGUUAACUGCAACUCAAAAUUCGUCUAUUAUUUCAUUCUUUUACGUUAUGUGAAAAGGUCUGAAUGUUUUGCCCGUUCGGUCAAGUCUCAUUGUUGCGAUAUAAUAUGGCUGUCGUUAUUUAUCUUUGUACAGAUCUGUAUCGCCAUCCAUUCCAAAUGUGUACCAUUUUUUUCCCAUCUACUACCCCCAUGUAUAUUGUACGUUCUAUUCCAUGGUUCGAUCUUCUCUUAACUUUCUCUUUUUUUCUCUAACUCGUCAAUGAAAUGAACACCGAAAUGCUAAAUAAUUUCACUUAAAAAAAAAUAAAGCCGCCAAUAACGAUGAA